AGCGGAAGUAACAGGGAGUUUUGUUUCUUUCUGUUUUGUUUCUUAUUGACUGUCAGUCUCUUUAUAAACUAUACCCCCUCACAAAAUGACGACGUUAACCGACUACUAACAGCAGUAUUAGCAGUAGUUUUUUCUUUUCCAGAUCAGUCUGUACGGAGUGGAUACGAAACAGGUGUCACCAUGUCAAAGCAACCGUUGGGGAAGACGUUGUUGAGGAAUGUGAUCCGACACACAGAUGCCCACAACAAGAUCCAGGAGGAGACGGAGAUGUGGAAAAUGCGAGACUGGGAGGUUCAAAUGUCCCACCACAAACAUUUGCCAGCUACAGACUGUAUGAGGGGCAGUAUGCACUGUGAUAGAGUGUCAGAUCAAUCUAGAGACCUGAGUCAAAGCAGAGAGCGCAUCUCAGACCACGAUGACAGAGAGGCUCGAUACUGGACUCGCAAACUCUAUGAAUUUGAGGCGAAUGAUCCUGACAGAUGGGGACAUAGCGGUUUCAAGGAGCUUUAUCCUGAGGAGUUUGACAGUGACAGUGAAGACAGUGACACAAAGAAGAUUGGGCGGCGCAGAAAGAAAACAUCCAAAGCUGGCAAAGAAACAAGUAUAUCAAAACGCUCCAAAAAAUCCUCUCGAAAGAAGAAGAAGAAAAAGAACAGGAAAAAUGAGGAAGGGAAGCGAAAGAAAGCAGAAUGCUCCAGCAGCGAGCGCAGUAGUGAUGACAGCAGUGCUGCUAAAGACAAGGAGCGAAGGAAAAGGACUAAAAGACGCCAUAAAAACAAGAAAACUGUGAAAAACCGAAGGAGGGACACUGACAGCAGCUCAGAGGACAGUGACAAUGAAGGAGACAAGGAGAGACGGACUCACAGGUGCAAAAAACGAAAACAAGACUCAGAGUCAGGGUUGGACUCAAAAAAAAAGAGGAGGAAAAACUGGAAAGUUGCAGGUGAGGAGAGCUCAGAUGGUAGUUCUGGAGACUGAGAUGCAGCUCUUACAACAACCAAGAGAACUACCCACGUUUCCUUUGUUUACCUUAACAGCACAGAGGGCUUUUCUCUGCAAGCCUGUUUUGUAAUGUUCUUUGUUAGAUAUCAACAAACCUGUGCAGUCUGUUCUCUCCAUGGGCAAUCACUGUAGCAACAUCUCAUCACCUCUGCAGUGGCUUGAAGCCCACAGUACAGCAGUGUAGUCAGCAGGUAGUAUGGAGGGGGAGCGAGGCAUCCACCACCUGCUUCAUGAAGAAUUCAGUUGGCUGCAGGCUGAUUGUUUGAUCUGACACUCACGUUGGACUGCCUGCCUCACAUCGAGACCUUCCCUCCUGAACUGACCAGUGGGAGAACUUCACGUGACAAUUGUGAUGCCAUUUGAUUUUAUUCUGUUUUUGCUUGCAAUUUUUUAAAAUAUUUGAGUGGACCACAUUGUGAUAGGUGCACAAUAAACAUCACAUUGUU